CGAGCGAGCGAGGAACACGGCCACGCAGGCAGGCAGGCGCACACUCGGAACCGGACGGACGUCUUUUUUUUGUUUUGUUUUUGGUCUCCUUUUUAUCGGCGUGAUGAUCCAAGGUCGUCUCGGGAUGAUGUGGUGAGGAGAAAAGGGAGGCUACGACGAAGCAAGGUGAAGGAGAAGGAAGGAAGGAAAGAAAGGUGGGGGAGGAAGGAAGGUGGUCUUCUGGGGGCCCCGGACUGACACCGCCGGUCCCGCCGUCGUCUCCAGCGCAUCGCUUGUUUUUGUCCUCCAUCCUUCUCCAGAGAGAGAGAGGACAGAAGAGGAGGAGGAAGAGGAUGAGGAUGAGGAGGGGGAGACAGUAACCCUCUCCUCUCCUUUCGAGCAGACGCUCAUCAGCAAGAUCCAAACAUCAGGAAAAACAAAAAGACGUCUCCUCUGUUCGCUUUUGGUCCCUCGGCCAGCGAGCGGCUAAAAGGCUCCGCUCAUGUCAGUGAACUCGGAGAAAUCCUCGUCCCCGGAAAGGCCUGAGACGCAGCAGAAAGCUUCGGCGAGCGUACCCCCUCCCCCGCCGCCCCCUCCGCCUCCCCCUGAGCCGGCGGGGCCCCCGGAGCCGGAGGAGGAAAUCCUUGGCUCCGACGAUGAGGAGCAGGAGGACCCAGCGGACUACUGCAAAGGAGGCUACCACCCGGUCAAGAUCGGGGAUUUGUUCAACGGGAGGUACCAUGUGAUAAGGAAGUUGGGGUGGGGCCAUUUCUCCACAGUAUGGCUGUGCUGGGACAUUCAAGUGAAGAACUUUGUGGCCAUGAAGGUGGUGAAGAGCGCCCAGCAUUACACCGAGACGGCCUUGGAUGAGAUCAAACUGCUGCGAUGCGUGAGGGAGAGCGACCCCUCUGACCCCAACAAGGACAUGGUGGUCCAACUCAUAGAUGACUUCAAGAUCUCUGGGGUCAACGGCAUUCAUGUGUGUAUGGUCUUCGAAGUGCUGGGUCACCACCUGCUCAAGUGGAUCAUCAAGUCCAAUUACCAAGGCCUGCCACUACCGUGCGUCAAGAGCAUCAUCAAACAGGUUUUGCAAGGGCUGGACUACCUGCACACCAAAUGCAAAAUCAUCCACACGGACAUCAAGCCCGAGAACAUCCUGAUGUGCGUGGACGACACGUUUGUGAGGCGCAUGGCCAUGGAGGCCACCGAGUGGCAGAAGGCCGGCGCGCCGCCCCCUUCCGGGUCAGCAGUUAGCACAGCCCCACAGCUCAAACCGGUGAGUACGACUGAUGUGGGGAAGAUCUCCAAGAACAAGAAGAAGAAGCUGAAGAAGAAGCAGAAGCGUCAGGCCGAGCUGCUGGAGAAGAGGAUGCUGGAGAUCGAAGCCCUGGAGAGGGAAGCCGAGAAAAAAGACGAGCGGACCAAUGAAGAGGGCGACGACGAAGAGGAAGAGGAGGAGGGGGCGAACGAAGACGAGGCGUCGGAGCGGCCCGAGCCGGAGCGGCCGUCCGCGCCGACCUCGGCGGCGCCGCGGUCGACCCCGCCGGGUCCCGGCGUGGCCCUCGGGGAAAGCGACGAGGACGACGACGACGAGGAGGAUGACGGCGAAGAGGAGGAGGAGGAAGGUGGCGAAAGGCCCGCCAGGUUGACCAAUCACACAUGUGCUUCGCACAACGAGGAGCCCGGCGAGGAGGCGGAGGCACCCCGCAUCGUUGACCAAAACCGGGACGAUGAACCGGAAGACGAGGAGCCCACGCCCGUGGCCGAGAAAGACACCCCGAUCCCGCCCGGGAAUGGAGAUUUGACCCAGACGGAGGAGAGGGAGGAGGAGGAGGAGCAGGAGGAAGAGGAUGCACUGAAAGGGUCGGAGUUGGAAAAGGAGGAAGAGGAGACCCGGGAAAGAGUCACCGACGAGGUGAAAGAAAAUGAUCAUGAGGAGAAGGAAACAGAAGAAGAAAAGGAUGAAGAAGAAGAAGAGGAGGAAGCGGAGGAGGAGGACGACGACGACACCACCGCUGACCUCCUCACAGAAUCGAGCUCCCCCGUCAAGACGCACGCUAAUAAAACCAAGGAGGUUAAAACCAACGGCCACGUCCUUCUGGCCCCAGAGGGGCCGGACGCCCACCUGCUCCCCACACCCGAGACUCUCCUCUGCCCCCUGGUGGAGUCUGAGCUCAGCUACACCGACAGGGAUCUCUCGCUCAGCUCCGGCUACGAGAUGUUCAACGGCGAGGGGGGCGAGCCGGGACUCACCAACGGCUCGGGCGAGCGUGUGAGGGGCACCGUGGCGCUAUUUCCAGAGUUGCCCCUGGAUCCCGAGCCCGGAAGUCCCGGAAGCGGAGGGACGGGUGACACCGGAGCUGGGAAGUCGCCAGACAGCCCCGCGGCGGACCGUAGCCGGACCGUAUCCUCAUCCAGCACGGGGGACACACCGAAAGCGCGAGCCCGAGCUGCAGACCUCCUGAUCAACCCACUUGACCCCCGCAAUGCCGAAUCUAUCAGAGUGAAAAUAGCUGACCUUGGGAAUGCCUGCUGGGUGCACAAGCACUUUACGGAGGACAUCCAGACGAGACAGUACCGCUCCAUCGAAGUGCUGAUAGGAGCCGGUUACAGCACUCCUGCCGACAUCUGGAGCACCGCCUGCAUGGCCUUUGAGCUGGCCACGGGGGACUACCUGUUCGAGCCGCAUUCUGGCGAGGACUACUCCAGGGAUGAGGACCACAUCGCUCUGAUCUCGGAGCUCCUCGGGAAGGUCCCACGCAAAGUGUACGCGGCCGGGAGGUACAGCCGAGAGUUUUUCUCCAAGAAAGGCGAGCUGCGGCACAUCACCAAGCUGAAGCCGUGGUCGCUGUUCGACGUGCUGGUGGAGAAGUACGGCUGGGCUCACGAGGACGCCGGUCACUUCACCCAAUUCCUGCUGCCCAUGCUGGAGAUGGUGCCCGAGAAGAGGGCGUCCGCGGGCGAAUGCCUCAACCACGCGUGGCUCAACUCGUAGCCACGUGCGCACACAUGCCUCCCCGCCCCGUCCCGCCCCUCUCCGCCCUUUCCGGACCCCUAACCCUCCCCAGCCCCGGUGAGAUGACCGCGAGCUCCUCCAUGAUGUCCUUAACGGAAUGUAAAGAUGAAAAAAAAACAAACUUUGUGGCCGUCUUCCGAAGCGAGCGCUCUUUGUAAGGACCCAAGCGGGGUGAUCGAAGAUGCCGAGCGAAAUCGGAAAUUGACCUUAUUUUGGACAUUUACUGCCCAGAGCUGCUCCUGCCAUGACCUUUGAACCCUUCAGUCGGAACGGGGACCCUCCCCGGAGGCUUUCCGUAUUGUUUCCCCCGAGAGCUGCAGGGCCUUCGGUGCUUUGGGGGGGGGGCGCCACAGCAGGAAGUGCGAGGACAAACUUUCGAAAUACAAAAAAAAAACAAGCAUGGUGAAUGGAUGCAACAAACGGAGGUACGAUUUUUCUCGAUUAUUCCCAAAUUGGAUGACCAGGAAGGCACCGAGAAUAGUCAGCUGUUGCCGUGGCAACGUCGUUCCACCGCCUCCCUCCCCCCACAACCCCACACAAUUUUAAUGCUAACUCCCUCCUUUACCCUUGAUGACAAAAAUGGACAUUUGUGGCGGAGGUUACACUUGUUGUCUUUCAGGAAUUUGAACGCUUUGUAUAUAAAAAUAAUAAUACGAGAAAACACACACCAAACAUAAAACAUAAAAUGAGGCUGUGACACCCACCCUCCCCCUCCCCUCGCAAUGCCACACUCACCCAUUCCCCCCACCCCCCCUUAAUCAGUUAUCAAAACUAGUCCGGUUACCUAUUUUUUGCAAUUUUAAAAAAAAAACAACAAAAAGUAUAAGUAAAUGUGUGAUAUUUUUCAAAAAAAUAAAUAUUUAAUUCAUUUAAAAAAACAAAAACAAGGACAAAAAAAGAAAUCCACUUCUCUCUGGUUGUCGUAACUGUGAACGAAUCUCGGUGAUUGUGUUUUGUCUAUUAGAGAUUUUUUUGCUGUUAAUAUAAGUAUUAUUAUUAUUAUAAGAUUUUUUUUUUUUUUUUUUUUUUUUUUACACCUUGUCCCUCAUUAGCUGAUCAGCGCUGCUCUAUCCGGGCUCCUUAUGGUGGUUUAAUGCGCAAAAAAAAAAAAAAACCAACAGCCUAGUUUUUGGAAUAAAAGGUUACGUAAUAUUUUAUUUUUACCGCACCAAAACUUCUUUAUUUCAUCUACUUUCUCUCAGCCAUGCUGACUGUUCUUCCUGAUGACAAAAAGUGCGUCUGUUGUCUGUUUUUCAUUGAAAGAUUUAAUAAAAUGCUAAACGAC